AUUAAAUGACAACCAAUUGUGAUAUUGUUAUAAGUUUUUAACAAAGGUUUAGAAUUCCGUUUUACUUAUGCGUAACUUGAAAUUUUAGAUCUUAAUUUGGAUAAUGGAUACCUUAAAAAAAAAUUCAAGGAAAUUUUAUUUCAGAGAAGAUGGAUAAUGCAGAACAGGUUUACAAGUCUACUUGGUUUUCAGCGGAAAAGUUCAGGAAGGAGAAGAACUAUCGGGAGAUGGUUAACGAAAAUCGGAAAAUGAUCAGUCAGUUGGAGAAAAACGUCAGAGAAUUAGGUUGGGAUCCUUUACUGUCGCAGCAGAAGAUCAAAGAAUUGGUUCAGAUAAAUGCAUCAGCAGUUGAUUGUGAGAGUGUACUAAACAACUACUCCAUGUACUGUAUACCUCCGAUUGGGAACCGACCUAAUAGAGCCAAACUCUGGAAAUCCCAAAUUAACUCGGAUCAUAGCAUGUUCAAGGAUUUGCUGAGUAAACAGGGAAAACCUGAACCUGCUGAACCAUUACUGGAGAUAGCACUUCAAUAUAAACCAGGAAAAAUUCCUAAGAUUCAAAGUUCUGCCAGGCUCACCUCGGCCUCUAGUUUCAGUGACAUACCUUCAUCAUCAACAUUAAUGAAUAAGUCUGUCUCAUUAUCCAAGAGCAAGAGCCCCUUCCCUCAGAGUAAUCAAUCCGAUUCCCCGGAUUUUGAUCUUGAGAUUGAAGAGUUUGAGGAAGAUGAGGUUGAGAGUAAACCCUCCUUUAUCCCUCCUCCCUCCACCUCCAGGAAUCCUCCUCCUCCCUCAUCCAGGACUAGUAAUCCUAUCUUUAAGCCUAUUAAACCAAAUAUUGGUUCAAGUAACAGUUUCCUGGACAAAGUAAAAGGAAGAGUAUUUACUCCUCAACAAGCUCAACCUGCCCCCCAAUAUCCUUCAAACCAAAGGGGAGGAAAUAACACAGGGAAGGUUGGGACUGUACGCUCCGCCUUCAAGACUGCUCAUGAACAAUUGAUCAUUGAUCAGAAUACUAAAAAUCAGAGAGGUGGAAGGGAGAUAACUCAGGCGUCCUAUGGUGGAGGGAAGAAGUGCCUAGGAACUAGACCUGGUCAUGUUGGAGGGUUUAAACCUCCUGUAAAACAGGAGUUUCCAGUAGAUGGUGUAGUUUCGGCUCCAGCUCCAGCAGAGGAGACUGAUCCUAGGUACAAGAACAUAGAUCCAAAGAUGAUAGAGUUGAUUCAGAACGAGAUUAUGGACUCGGGGAGCCUCGUCACCUGGGAGGACAUUGCCGGCCUCGAGUUCCAGAAGAAGACAGUGAAGGAGAUAGUUGUUCUUCCCAUGCUGAGACCAGAUAUUUUCACAGGACUUAAAGGCCCUCCGAAGGGUCUGCUCUUGUUUGGUCCCCCUGGGACGGGGAAGACCCUGAUUGGUAAAUGUAUUGCGAGCCAGAGCGGGUCCACGUUUUUCUCCAUCUCCGCCUCCAGCCUCACCAGCAAGUGGGUCGGGGAGGGGGAGAAGAUGGUCAGAGCACUCUUUGCCGUGGCGAAGGUUCACCAGCCCUCCGUGAUAUUUAUUGAUGAAAUAGAUUCUCUUCUCAGUGCAAGGUCGGAUACUGAACAUGAGUCGAGUAGAAGAAUGAAAACUGAGUUCUUGGUUCAGCUUGACGGAGCAAAUACUGUUGGAGAAGAGAAAAUUCUUAUUGUCGGAGCUACAAACCGUCCUCAGGAGUUGGAUGAAGCUGCCAGGAGAAGGUUGGUCAAGAGACUCCUGAUCCCUUUGCCGGAGAAGGAGGCCAGGAAGGAGAUUAUUGUCCGGCUCCUGGGAAAGGAGUUGAAUGAGUUAAGUGACGAGGAUAUUGAGGAUAUAAGCGCAAAGGCGGAGGGAUAUUCUGGUGCUGAUAUGACGAAUCUAUGCCGUGAGGCAGCAAUGGGUCCGAUCAGAUCUCUGGACUUCUCCUUCAUUCAGACCAUGGAGGCACAUCAGGUUCGUCCUAUUAACAAAGACGAUCUUGUUGCGGCUUUGAAACAGGUUAAAGCUUCCGUCUCCAAUCAGGAUUUGGCAAUGUAUGACGAUUGGAAUGAAAAGUUCGGAGCUGGAGUUUAGACUUUAUUUUGCAUUUAUUUCUAAAUAAACAUGUUACCUCAUUCCGACCUCCUGUGAUAAAUUCCUUGCUAUAAAAGUUCAACAAUCUAGAUUUAAACAAAACCUGUUUUCCAGAA